AUGACAGCAGAGACUGGAACUUACAGAUGGAUGGCUCCUGAGGUUAUAAAUCAUCAACAAUAUGAUGAAAAGGCGACAUCGAAGUGGAAGCAAGAUCAGAAAGACCUGGGAGUGAAAGGGACAGGGAAAAGGGUCGUGAUAGAGAGAAUAGGUGUUGUGGCUAAACCUUGUGCUGAGUUUGUUGCUGGAGUACUUGCAAUAUGGUUAAAUGCAGGUGUAGCUGUUCCACUUGCACUCAGUUACCCUGAAGCUGAGUUGUUACAUGUCAUGACUGACUCGGAUGUGUCCAUGAUUUUGAGUACUGAUGAUCACAGGGAGCUUAUGCAAAAAGUUGCAGCUAAAACUACAGCUCAAUUUUCUCUAAUACCAAAUGUUCCUACUAUGACUUCACAAGCAGUAGAUAAUGGUGUUGUACAUCAAAAAGAGAAUGUAUUUGCAAAUAACAUAAAAGACGAUGAUCCAACAUUGAUUUUGUAUACUAGUGGAACAACUGGGAAACCUAAAGGAGUUGUUCAUACACACAGUAGCAUUUUAGCACAGGUUGAAUUUAUGUCAAAGUUUAGUGUGAUUGGGAUAAAUGCAAAUCACAACAAUGUAAUGGUUUGGUUGGUUUUCUUUUCUGAUUUGGUGCCAGGUGAAUCUAAUGAAUCAAGAUCUGCCUUGAAGGUAGGAGUUGUGUUGUCAGGAGGACAAGCACCAGGAGGGCAUAAUGUUAUAUAUCUGGGAUUUUUGGGUUGAUGAAAGCGAACAGCUGUCGAGUUAGAAGUGGAAAAGAAAGCUCAAGCCGAAAGAGAUAAGAUGCUGAAAAUGCAAGUGUUGUAUUGUUCAUUUCAAUUGUUAGUAUGAAACAUAGAAUAGAUUAGAUGAAUGCAAAUUUAUAU